GAAAUAGAAAAAGAAGAUAAAGAGAUUCCGGUCGAGUCCAUUAGAUAAAAAGCAGCGCGCUCCAAUACUUGACGUUAUGUAACGGAUUGUUGUUGAUUGUUUAGCGCGUGCCUACCGAGAAAUGAAAGUGACAAUGGCACACGACAAUUCCCUAAUCGUACGGCAAGGACAACAACAAUUUUUUCUCUCUCUCCAAAACGGAUUUGUUUGAAAUCCACGAAUAAUCUCACAAGCAGCUUUUCAGCGAAAAUGGUCUUAUACGACCGUUACAUUUUUGCGCAGAUAGUUGUUGUGUGCCCUUGGUGUUAACUCGGUCACCAGGGGGUUUUGUGUAUAGAGGAGACGAGCGCUGGGUAUUGGCUCGUGCCUUUCCAUCGGAUUAUAACGAUCCGUCCAUGAUGACGACUCAACACUGAGCCCACCCUUACAUAGUCUACUCAGUAUAGGCUUUCCUAUCCAGCUAGAAUUUUAUUUUCUCUUAUUUUUUCUCUCUCUCUAGUCUCUACGCCUGGCAGGGGAAAAUCGCGCAAUCGCCAAACUUAAGCCGAUGAGUGUGCGAGUUGCUCCGGGUGUUGUUUUGUUGCACGAAAAUCAAACCCAACUGACUGACUGGGUUGUUGUUUCCCAUUUAUAUCCCUCAGCUGCUGCUGGAAUAUCUCUUUCCGCUUUUGCCUACGCAUUUCCGGUUUUAGAUUGGAAAAGCGUUUGGUUACAACAGCGGACACUAGACGUCGUUGAAGAGAGUUAAAAAGGAGAAAAUUCAACCAACAGGAAAACAAAAAGGAUAGACACACAAGAAGAGGAAUGUGUUUUUCCCUUGUUAAAGGAAAAAAGGAAGAAAAAAUCAAUUCUUUUUAUUUUUGUUGUUUGAUUUAAAAGAAGAGGAGGGUCUUUUACCCGUGGUAUGUGGUGGUGGUAGAGACUUUUCUUUACCUUUUUCUUUCCCUUUUUAUAUUUCCAAAGGUUUUCGGUGAAAUAUUUUUCCAAGCCGUUUUUUUUUAUUUUUCAUUCUUUUUUUUUCCGUGACUAAACUCCGCCUACUUUUUCCCUUUUAACCACAACUGCUGGUCCACCCUCCCUGCGCCACCCUCCAAGUUUGUUUCUCUACACACCCGACCUUGGGGUCCCUCUGGCGGACUCGCCUGUCAAACGCCAGACUCUAGUUGAACCGCCGAGCCCAUCAGAGUUCAGUCGUGGCCAGUCCUCUCCUAGAAACGGACGUGCCUAACAUUUCUCUCUCUCUCCCCACACAACAACAUUUUUCUAACUUCAAAAGAAAAACAGAGUCCAAUUUUUACUGUUUUCAACGUUUUCGAUUUUCAUUCAAACAUUUAUUUUUGGCUAACAUUGUGUGUGCGCUCAACAAUUCAAACAAAGUGUUUUAUUCAAUCGUGUCCGAACAUGUUUUUGGUGAUUUAACGGAAUUGUUUGAUUCAAAACUGCAUCAGCCACUCCUCAAUAGAAAUACGAUCGAAACAGUGUGUGUGUGUAUAUGUCUGUGUGAUUCAUCUUUUGUGUUAUUUUGUGCGUGUGCAAAGUGAACGGAGCAGAACACCACGCCAAAAUGCCGUCGAGUCAACUUGUAGUGUCAUCUUUCUCGGUUGCUGUUGUUGUUGUUGUUGUUUUGGCUUCGCUGGUUUCGGCGACGGUGCCGAGCUGCCAGUGGCAACAACCGGCGGCCGACGAAGGCAACGACGAAUCGUCACUCCGCUGUCAGUUGCGGACUCUGCAGCCGGCCGAGUGGGAGUCACAGCUGGGCCGAGUGUCUCAUCCGGAGCGGGCCACUUCUCUGCGCAUCGAAUGCAGCGACGUUCUCUUCUUCGAAUCGGCUCUCGAGCGAGACAUUCUCAAACGUCUGCCCAGGCUCAGACAAUUGAGCGUCUCUUCCUGUAAAGUCAGAGCCAUCCAGCCCGGAUCGCUGGCCAGUCUGCCAGAACUCAAACGGCUCUCCAUCCGCACUCACAACACCGACUGGCCGGCCAUGGCCCUCACUCUCACCGAUCAAUCGCUGGCCGGCAUGAGAGAGUUGAGACAUCUCGAUUUGAGCGACAACAGUCUCAUUUCAACACCUGACGGACUUUUCUGCUCGCUGGCCAGUCUGUCCGGUCUCAAUUUAUCUUCCAACCGACUUCAAGAUGUCGCCUCGCUCGGAUUCAACUCGGCCGACGAGGAAUGCCUUCAAGAACUCACCGAAUUGGACUUGAGCUGGAACGGCAUCUCGGAACUUCAUCCGCUUUCGCUCCGGGCCCUCCGCAAACUCCAGUCGCUCUCCAUCCAGCACAACGGUUUGACUCACGUGGCCGAUCAGUCGCUGGCCGGUUUGGAAUCGCUUCGUAUGUUGAAUCUUUCCAGCAACGAAUUGUCUGUUUUGCCACCGGAUCUCUUCCGCGAUUGCCACGACCUCCGCGAGUUGGACCUCCACCAAAACAGCUUGGCUGUCUUGCCUUUGGGCAGUUUCGCCGGACUCAGCCAACUCCAGGUGCUUGAUUUGUCUCGCAACUCUUUGGGCCCGGUCCAUCGCGACACUUUCGCCGGACUUUUGCGCCUGGUCGUCUUGAAUUUGGGCCACAACGCCCUCACCCGGAUCGACUCGACCAUGUUCCGUGACUUGGCCAGCCUUCAGGUCCUCCGGCUGGACUCGAAUUUGAUCGAAUCGGUCGAUUCGGACGCCUUUCUCCCCCUGUUCAACCUGCACACCCUGGACCUGUCCAACAACCGGAUCAGCAUCGUCAGCGACCGACUUUUGGGCGGACUCUUCGUCCUCAGUUCCUUGUCGGUCGGCUCCAACCGCAUCCACUCCAUCAGCGAAGACGCUUUCCGCAACUGCAGCGGCCUCCGCGAUCUCGAUCUGUCCGGCAACAGCUUGCAGUCGAUUCCGGAAGCCGUUGGCCAGUUGUCGCUGCUCAAGUCUCUCGACUUGUCGUCGAACCGAAUCACCCGGGCCACCAACUUGUCUUCCACCUGGCAGCAGCUCUACAGCCUCAACCUGGCCGACAACCACAUCCGCACGGUCAGCAAGGAAGCCUUCUCCGGACUGGGUAAUCUCGUGGCUCUCAAUUUGGCCGGCAAUCAGCUGGAACAGUUGGAAGCUGGCACUUUCGACCGGACUUCGGGCCUCCAGGUCUUGCGGCUGGAUGGCAACAGCCUUACCGACGUCAACGGCCUUUUCGCCGGACUGCACAACCUCCGCUGGUUGAACGUUUCCGCCAAUCGCAUCCAGCUCUUCGAUUAUUCCUUCCUGCCCGCCAACGUCGAGUGGCUGGACAUCCACCAAAAUGCUCUCAGCGAACUGGGCAACUAUUUCCAGAUCCAGCUGGCCAACCUGCAGGCUAUCGACGCCAGCUUCAACCAACUGACGGAUUUGACAUCGGACAGCGUUCCGGACAGCGUCGUCCAACUCUUCGUCAACGACAACAAGAUUUCCAGCAUCGCGGCCAACACUUUCCUGAAAAAGGCCAACCUGUCGAGAGUCGACCUCAACUCCAACAAAUUGCAGACGCUCGAUCCGGCCGCUUUGUGGCUCAGUCCCGUUCCGGCCGAUCGCGAUCUGCCCGAAAUCUCUCUAGGAGACAAUCCAUGGGAGUGCGACUGCGGUUUGGAGUGGCUUCCGCUUUUGGUCCAGCCCAGCAGCGCCUCCCGCCAGCAACCGCGUCUGGUCGAUGCGGCCGACAUCACUUGCCGCCUGAGCUUCCGCCGCGACAGCAAGAACGAGACGGCCGGCGAAUUCUCGUUGGUUCCCUUAGUCGACGUCCGCCCGGAAGAAUUCCUCUGCUCCUACCAGACCCACUGCUUCGCCCUGUGCCACUGUUGCGACUUUGACGCCUGCGACUGCGAGAUGACUUGCCCGUCUGGCUGCAGUUGCUAUCACGAUCCCACCUGGUCAUCCAACAUCGUCGACUGCUCUGCCUCGGCCGGCCCGCUCAACGAUCUGCCCGAAGGGAUCCCGAUGGACGCCACCCAGCUGUACCUGGACGGCAACAACUUGACCGAGCUGUCCAGUCACGCCUUUAUCGGCCGCAAAAAUCUGCGAACGCUCUACCUCAACGGCAGCCGGAUCCAUACGCUGCGCAACCGGACUUUCCACGGACUGGGCGCCCUCCAGGUGCUCCAGCUGGCCGACAACGAGCUGGAAGAGCUGCGAGGAUCUGAGUUCGAGCCGCUGGAUCAUCUGAGAGAGCUGUACUUGCAGAACAACAAGCUGCGUUUCAUCUCCGACACGGCCUUUGUCCAUCUGCGCUCCCUUCAGGUCCUCCGGCUGGAUGGCAAUCGACUCCUGACCUUCCCUCUGUGGCGUCUGGGCGUCAAUCCGCAUCUGAACCAGCUCUCUCUGGGAUUGAACCCGUGGAGCUGUGAGUGUCGUUUCUUGGCCGACUUCCAGCAAUGGAUCGCGGCCCAUCCGCAGCAGCUGGUCGAUUCGGAUUCGCUCCACUGUCUGAUGGGCGAUCAGCAGCUGAUUGGUUUCGACGAGUUCAACCGUAGCUGCUCGGCCAAUCCUUCCAUCAGCGUCGUGACACGCUUCAGCGGCGCCUCCGUCAUGGACUAUCUGCCGGUGAUGGCUGCCGGAAUUUGCCUCUUCCUGCUGGGCCUCAUCGCCGUCAUCUUGGUCUUUGUCUACCGCCAAACGGUCCGCAUUUGGAUCUUUUCUCGCUAUCGCAUCCGCCUUUGUGAUUCCAAAGCCGAGGAACUCGACGCUUGCGUCUCUUCCUCCUCUUCCGGCCGGAAGGAUGCCAUGUUCGACGCUUUCGUCAGCUACAGCCUCAAGGACGAGCAGUUCGUGUCGCAGGUGUUGGCCGCCGAGUUGGAGCAUUCAGCCGAAGCCGGAUCGUCUUUCCGGCUCUGUCUCCAGCACAGGGACUUCCCAACAUCCCAUUCUGGAAGCAGCAGCACCAACAGCAGCAACAGUAGCAACCCGGGAGGAGAUCCGCUAACGUUAGGAUUGGCUGCCAGUCGCCGGAUCGUCUUGGUCAUUUCCCAGUCGUUUAUCGAGUCCGAGUGGACCCGGCCCGAAGUGCGGACGGCCCUGACCGGUUUCUUGCGUCUGCCCCGUUCCCGUUUGGUCGCCGUUCUCCUGACUCCGUGGACCGACGAUCAAUCGGACCCGGAAUUGAGUCUCCUCCUCCGCUCUUCCAUCAUCAUCCGCUGGGGCGAGCGCAACUUUUGGUCCAAGAUUCGUUACUACUUGCCGGAUCCCACUCCCCGCCAGCACUACAUCCGCAACAUUCACUCAUCCGGCAAUGGAUUGUGGUACCAGACCAACGGGCCGGCCACCGGCAACACUCUGCUGAGCUCCAAACGGACCCUGCCUCACCCGCUGCCCAUCGACGCCAUGAUGGACAAGCAAGGCAAGGCGGAACUCUACUGGGAAGUCGGCAACGGCCACGGCCAGAACAUCCCCCGUCGCUACACCUCCACUCCGCACACCGCCUCUUACGCCUGCCGCAACGGUCAUCACGAUCCCAACGUCGACGACAUGUCAUCCAUGUAUUCCGGCCAGUGCUACUCCCGCCUGGAGCACAGCUACAUGUCCAUCGAUCACGGUCACGAGCACAUCUACAGCAGCGUUGGAGAUCCGGAAUCGCAUCAACAUCAUCACCAUCACCACCACCAGCACCAGCAGCAACAACAACAACAACAUCCGCACCAUCCGCAACGCCCAGACUGCUGGUCCUACCAGUAUCCGCCUUUACACCAGCAGCAGCACCACCAGGAAGCCGCCCAGCACAUGGUGAUCCAUCACGGAGGUCCCCGGCCACCUACCCAACAGCCGGAAUUCAUUUUCUCGAACCACCAGCAGCAGCAACAACAGCAACAACAUUCAACUUUCCUCGUUUGAAUUUCGUUCCGCCAAUCGAAACGAAAUGUUUUAAACACGAAAAACAAAAUAUCCUACACGUCUUUUGAAGGCCACUCCGGAUGGAUGGCCUGAUUGUAUCAUUUGUGUAAAUUAAGAAAAUCAGCAAAAAUUUCCUCGCGCCUGUAUAAUCUUGUGUGUGUAUAAAAAUAAUUCCUCCUUGUGAGACUGAUUGGGGGUUGGUUUGAUUUGUAUAGUCUUCCUAGUCACGUGAUCUGCCGUUUCCUUAAAUUUUUUGGUUUUUUAAAAUUUCUUCCGCCCGCGAAUUGUUUUUCGCGGGUGCGGAAAUGUUUCAAUUUUUUUUUUCCGGCUCUUUUUUUGUUUUCGAUUUGUCUUGGGACGAAGGAAGAAAAAAUGGACAGCAGAAGAAACUGAAAUCGAGUUGACAACUCCCGUGAAUUGUGUUGUCCGCGUUUGUGUAAAAAAAAAGCAAAAUGAUGUGCGUGUGCUAAACGAUGUCGUGUGUUUAACUAUUUGUGUCGGGAUUUACGACGAGCCGGAGAGAAAAGAAAAAGAGGAAACGAGAGAGAAGACAAAUUUUCAUAUAUUAUAUAAAUAUAUCUAUCGCGAUGCAAUACAAUGCCUUUUCUGAGUUGAAA